UAUCAGACAUUGAAGGUGGUGAUGCAUUGCAGCUCAGAAAGGAACAUGCCCUCAAGAUAUUUGCUUACAUCAAUUCCUGGACUCAAAGGCAAUGUUUGUGCUGUUUCAAGGAGUAUAAACACCUGGAGAUCUUUAACCAAGUAGUCUGUGCCCUCAUUAACUUAGUGAUUGCCCAAGUUCAAGCUCUGCGGGACCAGCUCUGUAAACAUUGCACUCUCAACAUCGAGCCCACGUGGCAAGAGCAGAGUCACCACGAGGAGCCCCUGAAUGUAGAGAGAGAGCCUCACGAGGAGGAAAAUGGAGAAAGGCAAAAAUCUCUAGAGAAAAAAUUCGACGCUGCACGAACUUGUCUCCUGGCCCAGGAGGAGCCCGCCAAGAACACGGAUGCUUUCGGCUUGUGGAGCACCGAGGAGAAGGAGAAGUUGCUGCUGUGCGUGGCCAAGAUCUUUCAGAUCCAGUUUCCUCUCUACACGGCUUACAAGCAUAACACCCACCCCACAAUAGAGGAUAUUUCUGCUCAAGAAAGCAAUAUAUUAGGGGCGUUCUGUGACAUGAACGAUGUAGAAGUCCCCCUGCACCUGCUCCGUUAUGUUUGCCUGUUCUGUGGGAAGAACGGCCUUUCCCUCAUGAAGGAUUGUUUCGAGUACGGGAGCCCCGAGACGCUGCCCUUCCUCAUAGCACACGCUUUUAUCACCGUGGUGUCCAACAUCAGAAUAUGGCUGCACAUCCCUGCUGUCAUGCAGCACAUUAUACCCUUUAGGACCUACGUUAUCAGGUAUUUAUGUAAACUGUCAGACCAGGAGCUACGUCAGAGCGCAGCCAGGAACAUGGCAGAUCUCAUGUGGAGCACGGUGAAAGAACCCCUGGACACGGCCCUGUGUUUCGACAAAGAAAGCCUCGAUCUCGCCUUCAAGUACUUUAUGUCUCCAACUCUAACCAUGAGAUUGGCUGGCCUGAGUCAAAUAACAAACCAACUUCACACCUUCAACGAUGUGUGUAAUAACGAGUCCUUAGUUUCAGACACAGAAACGUCCAUUGCAAAAGAACUUGCGGACUGGCUGAUCAGCAACAACGUAGUAGAGCACAUUUUUGGACCAAAUUUACAUAUUGAGAUCAUCAAACAGUGCCAAGUGAUCCUGAAUUUUCUUGCAGCUGAGGGCAGACUUAGCACUCAGCACAUCGACUGUAUUUGGGCUGCAGCACAGCUGAAGCACUGCAGUCGUUACAUCCACGACCUGUUUCCUUCUCUGAUCAAAAAUUUGGACCCUGUCCCACUUAGGCACCUCCUGAACCUUGUCUCAACUCUCCAUCCCAGUGCCCACACCGAACAGACCUUGUAUUUGGCAUCCAUGCUGAUCAAAGCCCUGUGGAAUAACGCCCUAGCAGCCAAGGCUCAGCUGUCAAAACAAAGCUCCUUCGCAUCUUUGCUCAGCACCAACCUGCCCAUGGGAAACAAAAAAGAAGAAGAGGAGCUCAGAAGAGCAGCCCCUUCGCCUUGGUCACCAGCAGCAAGCCCUCAGAGCAGUGACAACAGUGACACCCACCAGAGCGGAGGCAGCGACAUUGAGAUGGAGGAGCAGCUCAUCAACAGAACAAAACACGUCCAGCAGCGGCUUUCGGAUACUGAGGAAUCCAUGCAAGGGAGCUCUGAUGAGACAGCCAACAGCGGGGAGGACGGCAGCAGCGGGCCCGGCAGCAGCAGCGGCCACAGCGAUGGCUCCAGCAACGAGGCCAACUCGAGCCACGCCAGCCAGUCCGCCGGCAGCCCCGGCAGCGAGGUGCAGUCCGAGGACAUCGCCGACAUCGAGGCCCUCAAGGAGGAGGACGACGAAGACGACGACGAGCGGAGUCACAACCCGCCGAAAAGCGGCCGGAGCGCCGAUCUGCGGGGCAGGAAGCUGGAAUCGCAGGCGGCCAUCUGCCUGGGGGACGCGCCGGGGGCGGCCGAGAGGAGCGGGGCGGCCGGAGGGGCAGCCAAGGAGCACGGCGUGUUCAACGCCGAGCAGGUGCCGCCCGCCGACGGCCGCAUCCGCAUGCUGGACGCCUGCGGCCACAACGAGGGGCCGGAGCACGACAUGGCGGGGGACGUGAGCGCCGCUCACAUCGCCCAGGGCUCGCAGGAUUCCUGCAUCGCCCACACCGGAGACUUCCUGGGCGAGACGAUCGGAAACGAGCUGUUCAACUGCCGCCAGUUCAUCGGGCCGCAGCACCACCACCACCAUCACCACCACCACCACCACCACCACCACGACGGGCAUACGGUCGAUGACAUGCUCAGUGCAGAUGAUGUCAGCUGCAGUAGUUCUCAAGUCAGCGCAAAAUCCGAGAAAAAUAUGGCAGAUUUUGAUGGGGAGGAGUCUGGCUGUGAGGAAGAGCUUGUGCAGAUUAAUUCACACGCUGAGCUCACGUCUCAUCUCCAGCAGCACCUCCCUAACCUGGCCUCCAUCUACCAUGAACAUCUCAGUCAAGGACCGGCGGUUCAUAAACAUCAGUACAACAGCAAUGCAGUGACUGACAUUAAUCUGGAUAAUGUUUGUAAGAAAGGAAAUACCCUGUUGUGGGAUCUGGUCCAGGAUGAAGAUGCAAUUCAUCUCUCUGAAGGGUUAAUAAAUGAGGCAGAGAAGCUGCUCUGUUCCUUGGUGUGCUGGUUCACUGACAGACAGAUCCGAAUGAGGUUCAUUGAAGGCUGCUUAGAAAAUCUAGCAAACAACAGAUCAGUUGUAGUUUCCCUUCGUCUCCUCCCAAAGCUCUUUGGGACUUUCCAGCAGUUUGGGAGCAGCUACGACACCCACUGGAUCACCAUGUGGGCAGAGAAGGAGCUGAACAUGAUGAAGCUUUUCUUUGAUAACUUGGUACACUACAUUCAGGCAGUCAGGGAAGGACGGCACAAACACGCCCUGUACAGCCACAGUGCAGAGGUUCAGGUCCGGCUGCAGUUCCUGACGUGUGUGUUUUCAACCCUGGGAUCACCAGAUCAUUUCAGGUUGAGUUUGGAGCAGGUGGACAUCCUGUGGCACUGCCUGGUGGAAGAUUCGGAAUGUUACGACGACGCACUACACUGGUUCUUGAACCAAGUCCGCAGCAAGGACCAGCAUGCCAUGGGUAUGGAGACCUACAAGCAUCUUUUUUUGGAAAAGAUGCCACAGCUGAAACCCGAAACCAUCAGCAUGACCGGCCUCAACCUCUUCCAGCAUCUGUGUAACUUGGCUCGGCUGGCCACGAGCGCGUACGACGGGGGCUCCAACUCCGAGUUGUGUGGCAUGGACCAGUUCUGGGGCAUUGCUUUGAGGGCCCAGUCUGGGGAUGUCAGCAGAGCAGCCAUCCAGUACAUCAACUCUUAUUACAUCAACGGUAAAACUGGUCUGGAGAAGGAACAGGAAUUUAUUAGCAAGUGCAUGGAGAGCCUGAUGAUUGCUUCCAGCAACCUGGAGCGAGACUCUCAUUCCAGUCUCACCAUCAUUGAAAGAGGGCUCUUAAUGCUGAAGACACACCUGGAGGCCUUUAGGAGGAGGUUUGCAUAUCACCUGAGGCAGUGGCAGAUUGAAGGCACAGGCAUCAGCAGCCACCUGAAAGCCCUGAGUGACAAACAGUCCCUCCCUCUGAGGAUUGUGUGUCAGCCAGCGGGGCUUCCCGACAAGAUGACGAUAGAAAUGUAUCCCAGCGACCAGGUGGCUGAUCUGAGGGCUGAAGUGACACACUGGUAUGAAAACCUGCAGAAGGAGCAGAUCAAUCAGCAGGCUCAGCUCCAGGAGUUCGGCCAGAGCUCCCGCAAAGGGGAAUUCCCAGGUGGCCUCAUGGGACCCGUGAGAAUGAUUUCAUCGGGGCACGAGCUGACAACGGACUACGACGAAAAAACGCUUCAUGAGCUGGGGUUUAAGGACAUGCAGAUGGUGUUUGUGUCCCUGGGGGCUCCCAGGAGGGAGCGGAAGGGUGAAGGUGUCCAGCUGCCGGCGUCCUGCCUGCCCCCCCCUCAGAAGGACAACAUUCCCAUGCUGCUGCUGCUGCAGGAACCUCACCUCACCACCCUCUUUGAUUUGCUGGAGAUGCUUGCCUCUUUUAAACCUCCCUCUGGAGAAGUGGCAAUGGAAGAUAGUGAGAGUGCAAGGUGUGAAGAGCUCCAUCUCCACGCUGAGAACUUAUCCAGGCGUGUCUGGGAACUGUUGAUGCUCCUACCAACGUGCCCUAAUAUGUUGCAGGCAUUCCAGAACAUUUCAGAUGAGCAGGGUAAUGAUGGCUUUAGCUGGAAGGAUCUUUUGAGGAUAAAAAGCGCCCAUAAACUUCUGUACGCCCUGGAGAUCAUUGAAGCUUUGGGAAAGCCCAACAGGAGAAUAAGACGUGAAUCUACGGGGAGUUACAGUGAUCUUUACCCAGACUCAGAUGAUUCAAGUGAAGAUCAGAUAGAAAACAGUAAAAACACGUGGAGCUGCAAGUUUGUUGCUGCUGGAGGGCUCCAACAGUUACUGGAAAUUUUCAAUUCUGGAAUCUUAGAGCCUAAAGAACAGGAAUCAUGGACUGUGUGGCAGCUGGACUGCCUGGCCUGCUUGCUGAAACUCAUCUGCCAGUUUGCAGUGGAUCCCUCCGACCUGGACCUGGCUUACCAUGACGUGUUCGCCUGGUCAGGAGUGGCCGAGAGUCACAGGAAGAGAACCUGGCCAGGCAAGGCCAGGAAAACCACGAGCGACCACGUCAAGGGCCUGCACAUCCCCCGCCUGACUGAGGUGUUUCUUGUACUUGUCCAGGGAACCAGUUUGAUUCAGCGACUGAUGUCAGUUGCUUAUACCUAUGACAACUUGGCACCUAGGGUGUUGAAAGCUCAGUCUGAUCACAGAUCCAGGCAUGAAGUCACUCAUUAUUCCAUGUGGCUGCUGGUGAGCUGGGCCCACUGCUGUUCCCUGGUGAAAUCCAGCCUGGCUGACAGUGACCACCUGCAGGACUGGCUCAAGAAACUCACCCUGCUCAUUCCAGAGACUGCCGUUCGCCACGAGUCCUGCAACGGCCUCUACAAGUUGUCCUUGUCAGGGUUGGAUGGGGGAGAUUCCAUCAACAGGUCCUUUCUCCUCCUGGCUGCAUCAACACUGUUAAAGUUUCUCCCUGAUGCUCAAGCUCUGAAACCAAUUAGGAUAGAGGAUUAUGAGGAGGAAACAGUGCUGAGACCAGGCUGUAAGGAAUAUUUCUGGCUGCUGUGCAAACUGAUUGACAACAUCCACGUCAAAGAUGCCAGUCAGACAACACUGCUUGAUUUGGAUGCCCUGGCCAGACACCUCGCUGACUGCAUUCGCAGCAGGGAAAUCCUGGACCAUCAGGAUGGGAACGUAGAGGACGAUGGGCUGACGGGGCUGCUCCGUCUCGCCACCAGUGUUAUAAAGCACAAACCCCCCUUCAAGUUUUCUCGGGAAGGCCAGGAGUUUUUGAGGGACAUCUUCAAUCUGCUGUUCCUGCUGCCCAGCCUGAAGGACAGACAGCAGCCCAAGUGCAAAUCCCACUCCUCCAGGGCUGCUGCCUACGACCUGCUGGUGGAGAUGGUCAAGGGCUCCGUGGAGAACUACAGGCUGCUCCACAACUGGGUGAUGGCCCAGCACAUGCAGUCUUCCCACGCCCCCUACAAAUGGGAUUAUUGGCCCCACGACGACGUCCGCGCCGAGUGUCGCUUCGUGGGUCUGACCAAUCUCGGAGCCACCUGUUACUUGGCCUCCACCAUCCAGCAGCUCUACAUGAUCCCAGAGGCCAGACAAGCCAUUUUCACUGCAAAGUAUUCAGAAGAUAUGAAACACAAGACCACUCUCCUAGAACUCCAGAAAAUGUUUACAUACUUAAUGGAAAGUGAAUGCAAGGCCUACAAUCCCAGGCCUUUCUGUAAAACCUACACCAUGGAUAAGCAGCCCCUGAACACCGGGGAGCAGAAGGACAUGACCGAGUUCUUCACUGACCUGAUCACAAAAAUAGAAGAGAUGUCUCCAGAGCUGAAAAACACAGUGAAAAGUUUGUUCGGAGGCGUCAUCACCAACAAUGUUGUUUCUCUGGACUGUGAGCAUGUCAGUCAGACAGCAGAGGAAUUCUACACUGUGAGGUGCCAGGUGGCAGAUAUGAAGAAUAUUUAUGAAUCUCUUGAUGAAGUAACCAUUAAGGAUACUUUGGAAGGUGACAACAUGUACACGUGUUCUCACUGUGGGAAGAAAGUGAGGGCUGAGAAAAGGGCGUGUUUUAAGAAACUACCUCGCAUCUUAAGCUUCAACACCAUGAGAUACACGUUUAACAUGGUGACCAUGAUGAAGGAGAAAGUCAACACCCACUUUUCCUUCCCGUUACGCUUGGAUAUGACCCCUUACACCGAAGAUUUCCUCAUGGGGAAAAACGACAGGAAGGAAGGUUUUAAGGAAGAUGGAGGAUAUUUGAAAGAGACUGAAAGUUACGAGUACGACCUGAUCGGUGUGACAGUUCACACGGGAACAGCGGAUGGGGGGCACUACUACAGCUUCAUCAGAGACAUUGUCAAUCCCCACGCCUACAAAAACAACAAAUGGUACCUGUUCAAUGAUGCUGAAGUGAAACCCUUUGAUUCUGCCCAGCUGGCUUCGGAGUGUUUUGGGGGAGAAAUGACUACCAAAACUUACGAUUCUGUUACUGAUAAAUUUAUGGACUUCUCCUUUGAAAAGACACACAGUGCUUACAUGCUGUUUUAUAAACGGAUGGAGCCAGAGGAGGAAAAUGGCAGAGACUACAAAUUUGAUGUCUCGUCAGAAUUGCUGGAGUGGAUAUGGCAUGAUAACAUGCAGUUUCUUCAAGACAAGAACAUUUUUGAGCAUACAUAUUUUGGGUUUAUGUGGCAGUUGUGUAGUAGCAUCCCAAGCACGCUCCCAGAUCCCAAAGCGGUUUCUCUGAUGACAGCAAAGUUAAGCACUUCCUUUGUGCUAGAGACGUUUAUUCAUUCAAAGGAAAAGCCCACAAUGCUUCAGUGGAUUGAACUGUUAACAAAACAGUUUAAUAACAGUCAGGCAGCUUGUGAAUGGUUUUUGGAUCGUAUGGCUGAUGAUGAUUGGUGGCCAAUGCAGAUUCUAAUAAAGUGUCCCAAUCAGAUUGUGAGGCAGAUGUUCCAGCGCUUGUGCAUCCACGUCAUCCAGAGGCUGAGGCCGGUCCAUGCACACCUUUAUCUGCAGCCAGGAAUGGAAGACUGCUCUGAUGACAUGGACGGCCCGGUGGAGGACAUCGGCAGCCGCUCGUGCGUCACGCGCUUCGUGAAGACCCUCCUGUCCAUCAUGGAGCACGGGGUGAAACCCCACAGCAAACACCUCACUGAAUACUUUGCCUUCCUUUAUGAAUUUGCCAAAAUGGGGGAAGAGGAGAGCCAGUUCCUGCUCUCGCUCCAAGCCAUCUCCACAAUGGUCCAUUUCUACAUGGGAACUAAAGGACCUGAAAAUCCACAGGUUGAAGUGCUCUCUGAGGAAGAAGGGGAGGAAGAGGAGGAAGAGGAGGAUAUACUUUCUUUGGCAGAAGAGAAGUACAGGCCUGCUGCCCUGGAGAAGAUGAUUGCCCUGAUUGCUCUGCUGGUUGAACAGUCUCGCUCAGAAAGACAUUUGACUUUGUCCCAAAAUGACAUGGCAGCAUUGACAGGGGGAAAGGGUUUUCCUUUUUUAUUCCAACAUAUCCGUGACGGGAUCAACAUCAGACAAACCUGCAACCUCAUUUUCAGUCUGUGCCGCUACAACAAUCGACUGGCAGAGCAUAUUGUGUCCAUGCUGUUCACAUCCAUAGCAAAGCUGACUCCUGAGGCAGCCAAUCCUUUCUUCAAAUUGCUGACCAUGCUGAUGGAAUUUGCUGGGGGACCUCCAGGAAUGCCACCCUUUGCUUCUUACAUUCUACAGAGGAUAUGGGAGGUCAUCGAGUACAACCCCUCUCAGUGCCUGGACUGGCUGGCUGUGCAAACCCCCCGCAACAAACUGGCCCACAGCUGGGUCCUGCAGAACAUGGAGAACUGGGUGGAACGUUUCCUCCUGGCCCACAACUACCCCCGAGUGAGAACCUCUGCAGCCUAUCUCUUGGUGUCGCUUAUUCCGAGCAAUUCCUUCCGUCAGAUGUUCCGAUCGACCCGCUCUUUGCACAUCCCCACCCGUGACCUGCCCCUCAGCCCCGACACCACGGUGGUCCUUCACCAAGUGUACAACGUGCUGCUCGGCCUCCUCUCGCGAGCCAAGCUCUACGUCGACGCCGCCGUCCACGGCACCACCAAGCUGGUGCCCUACUUCAGUUUCAUGACGUACUGUCUGAUCUCCAAAACCGAGAAACUCAUGUUCUCCACUUACUUCAUGGACUUGUGGAACCUCUUCCAGCCCAAGCUCUCCGAGCCGGCCAUCGCCACCAACCACAACAAGCAGGCCCUGCUGUCCUUCUGGUACAACGUGUGCGUGGAGUGCCCCGAGAACGUGCGCCUCAUCGUCCAGAACCCCGUGGUGACCAAGAACAUCGCCUUCAACUACAUCCUGGCCGACCACGACGACCAGGACGUGGUGCUCUUCAACCGCGGGAUGCUCCCGGCCUACUACGGCAUCCUGCGGCUCUGCUGCGAGCAGUCCCCGGCCUUCACCAGGCAGCUGGCAUCACACCAGAACAUCCAGUGGGCCUUCAAGAACCUCACCCCCCACGCCAGCCAGUACCCAGGGGCAGUAGAAGAGCUGUUUAACCUCAUGCAACUGUUUGUAGCUCAGAGGCCAGACAUGAGAGAGGAGGAGAUAGAGGACAUAAAGCAAUUUAAGAAAACCACCAUAAGCUGUUACCUGCGCUGCUUGGACGGACGGUCUUGUUGGACGACUCUGAUAAGUGCCUUCAGAAUAUUAUUAGAAUCUGAUGAAGACAGACUUCUUGUUGUGUUCAACAGAGGAUUGAUUCUGAUGACCGAGUCCUUUAACACAUUGCACAUGAUGUACCAUGAGGCCACAGCUUGCCAUGUAACUGGAGACCUGGUAGAGCUGCUGUCCAUUUUCCUGUCGGUUCUGAAGUCAACACGUCCCUAUCUGCAAAGAAAAGAUGUGAAACAAGCUCUGAUCCAGUGGCAGGAGCGGAUUGAAUUUGCCCAUAAGCUCCUGACUCUGCUCAAUUCCUACAGCCCUCCCGAGCUUAGGAAUGCCUGCAUUGAUGUCCUCAAGGAGCUUGUACUUUUAAGUCCUCAUGAUUUCCUACAUACUCUGGUUCCAUUUCUACAGCACAAUCAUUGUACAUACCACCACAGUAAUAUCCCAAUGUCUCUUGGACCUUAUUUUCCAUGUCGUGAAAAUUUGAAAUUAAUAGGGGGGAAAAGCAAUAUUCGUCCUCCGCGGCCCGAGCUCAACAUGUGCCUCCUGCCUACCAUGGUGGAAGCCAGCAAGGUACAGUGGUCGCAAGGACACACUGGGUGCAGGCACAGCCCCAGUGGCCACAGCUUUUCAGAAAGAAUCCAAUCUCCUGCACAUGGGGCCUAUGUGCACGUAGAUGGGAAUCUGUGUGGGCAACACAUUUCGAAGAAGCUCGGUUACUGUAGGGGCAAAGAUGAUGUUUACGACCGGAUGCUGCUGGACUAUUUCUUCUCCUAUCACCAGUUCAUCCACCUCCUGUGUCGGGUUGCAAUCAACUGUGAAAAGUUUACUGAAACUUUAGUUAAAAUGAGUGUCCUGGUUGCUUACGAAGGUUUGCCACUGCACCUCGCGCUCUUCCCCAAGCUCUGGACCGAGCUGUGCCAGACUCAGUCUGCCAUGUCCAAGAACUGUGUGAAGCUGCUCUGUGAGGAUCCAGUUUUUGCAGAAUACAUAAAAUGUAUCCUGAUGGACGAAAGGACCUUUCUCAACAACAACAUCGUGUACACCUUUCUGACCCAUUUUCUUCUCAAGGUGCAAGGGCAGGUGUUUUCUGAAGCAAACUGUGCCAACUUAAUCAAUACUCUAAUUACAAAUCUAAUAAAUCAGUAUCAAAGCCUAGAAUCCGACUUCAGCAACCAGAGGGUUGAAAUUUCCAAAGCAAGCUCUACUCUAAACGGGGACCUCCGAGCACUUGCCUUGCUGCUCUCAGUGCACACUCCCAAACAGCUCAACUCAGCCCUGAUCCCAACUUUACAAGAGCUUCUCAACAAAUGUAGAGCUUGUCAGCAACAGAGGAACUCACUACAAGAGCAAGAAGCCAAAGAAAGAAAAACUAAAGACGAUGAAGGAGCGACUCCCGUGAAGCGGCGGCGGGUCAGCAGCGACGAGGAGCACACGGUGGACAGUUGUCUCAGCGACAUCAAAGCCGAGCCCAGAGAGGCUCUGACCCCCACCAGCACUUCGGACAACGAGACACGGGACUCGUCCAUCAUCGACCCGGGCACGGAGCAGGACCCUCCGUCCCCCCUGGAGAGCAGUUCUGUCAAGGAGUACAGAAUGGAAGGCCCUUCUUCUUUUUCAGAAGACGUAAUGUUGGCCACGCGGGCGCCGCACGCGGAGGAGCAGCCCGGCAACGGCAAAUUCGAGGAGUGCAAGGAAUUCAAAGACCUGCAGGUUCCCAAGGAUUCCGUGGGGGCCGAGGAGGACUCGGAGUUCCCUUCCACGUCCAUCUCGGCGGUUUUAUCCGACCUCGCAGACCUGAGGGGCUGCGACGGCCAAGCCUUACCGGCCCAGGAGCCCGAGGCGAGUUUAGGGCUGGGCUGUGCCCAUUCCAGAGGACUGUUGAGUCACGUGCAGCAGCAGCAGGACAUUUUAGACAUCCUGUGCAGGACCAUUGAGUCGACGAUUCACGUGGUCACACGGAUAUCCGGCAAAGGAAACCAAGCUGCUUCUUGACAUUAGAUGGAGCAUGUCUGCUUUUAAGUCUUUUUUUUUUUUUUUUUUUUUUUUUAAAAAUCCUUCUUCCCCCUCCUCCCCCCCAAAAAAUGCUGUUUGUAUAAGUUUUUGCUUAUUUCUGUUUCGUGCUUCAGUUUGUCCAGUGCUCUCUGCUUGAAUGGCAAGAUAGAUUUAUAUGCUUCAUUCUCGGUCAGGCAGAACUCCAGAUCCUUU